CUGCCCAAGCAAACCUUCGCUUCUCUCCCACUCCUCCUACCCCUUCCUUUCUUCUCCCCCCCUUGAAAUCUUACACCACGCCACCAACAACAACCUUAGCAGCGUUGAUUUCAUGCGGAGUGUCCGACGAAGUGUAUCGAAUUCCGGAACGCAACUCUUCCCUCGCUAAUCUUCGAAACGAAGACGAACCAAUGGUUCAGAUUGCAUUGACUCCAAUUGAAAGCCUUCCGCCAUCCCCUACAGUCGAUAAGCACAUUACCUUCGAAGCUGUGAGAUUAUGGAAAGGAGAACAGGUCUCGCGUUGGUUACAAGAGAAUAAUUUCAAAGAGUAUGAAACUGUAUUUGCUGAAAACGAUAUCACCGGUGACGUACUACUUGAGUUAGACCACCAACUUCUAAAGGAACUCCAGAUAGAAUCCAUUAGAGACAGAAUCAAAUUAUUGGCGGCAAUUCGUAAUCUGUUGAGAAGCUGUUCAUUCAAUUACAGAUUCAAGGCAAGCAUAACUUAUUUUCCACGACCCCCCGAAUUUGACAAAAUGCCGAAUACUCCUAUUAGGCCAUCUUCCCUAUCAUCUCGUUCACCUGCUAGUUCACCACCGGGAUCAGCGCGUCAACCACUUUCUCCACGCUCGCCUAUGAGUACAAAGCGCUCAUCCAAUGAGUUGACACCCUAUGAAAUGAAACAGCGGUUUAUCAAAGUUAUCAGCGAAAAUCAGACAAAGACAAUAGAUCUUAACGGCGUCACAGAUGCAAAGACUAUAUUAGCAAAGAUAUUGACUAAAUUCAAUAUCAAUGAUGAAGCGGAAAAAUAUUCAUUAUUUACUACGGUCAGCGAUACUAGUGCAGCACGCAGUCUGACCGAUGAUGAAAUAGAAGAAAUAUGCAGAGACUCGGCAAGGCCAGAACGUGACUGUCUGGUUCUACGAAAGAAACACAUGCCAAUACGUCACGAAGAUCACAAAGAGCAAUUGAAGAAAAAGAAACUAGAACAUUUCUUUGGCGUAAAAGCAGAAGAGUUCGAGGGUCCAAUUCCCAGUAUCGCUGUAAAACUCAAGAAAUUCUUUGGACAGAGACCACCUUCAGAACUCAUUUCGAACAAUUUACCCGAGUACUUCCCUGGACACGACAGUGAAGAAUUACAAAAGAGCGCGAGAUAUUCGACUAUAAGAGCAUCCAGAAUAUCAAGACGGUCUACUAGCAGAAAUUCUAGAGCAUAUGAUAGAUCAUCCAUGCUGUCCACCAUCUCAUCCUUCACUUUUGUUCCAACCGAUGGCGAAGAUACUAUUGGCACUGUAGCUGAGAUAUCUGAUUUCAAGUUUGUUGAGCAACCAGAAACUGACAGUUCUACGGUUAUGGAGGACGAUAUUGAAUGGAAUUCUGAUGAAGAAGGAGCAGAACCAUCCGCACCUACGUUUAGAUGGAUGAAAGGAGCGCUCAUCGGCAGUGGCUCUUUCGGUAGUGUGUAUCUCGGCCUUAAUUCAGUUACUGGUGAGCUGAUGGCUGUCAAACAAGUUGAACUUCCAACCGGACAAUCUGAUAAGGAGGACAGAAAGCAAUCUAUGUUGGAUGCGUUACAAAGGGAAAUUUCUUUCCUGAAAGAAUUUCAACACGAAAAUAUUGUUCAAUAUCUCGGAUUUCAAUACGACCAGAACUGUCUCAAUAUCUUUUUAGAAUAUGUACCUGGUGGAUCACUUUCGACGACAAUAAGAAAUUAUGGACCGUUGGAAGAACCUCUUGCCAGAAUCUUUGUGAAGCAGAUCUUGCAAGGAUUGGAUUAUCUUCAUCAGCGCGAUAUCAUUCACAGGGACAUCAAAGCUGCUAAUAUUCUUGUGGACAACAAAGGGGUAACUAAAAUUUCGGACUUUGGUAUUUCCAAGAAAAUGGAGGAGGAAAUUAUGAGUGCAACAACGGUAAACCGUCCAUCACUUCAAGGCUCUGUUUACUGGAUGGCACCGGAAGUGGUUAAACAAACUACUUACACGACGAAAGCGGAUAUAUGGUCACUUGGGUGCUUGAUAGUUGAGAUGUUUACUGGUGAACAUCCAUUCCCUACCUUGCAUCAUGUGCAAGCUAUGUUCAAGAUUGGAUCUUCGUGUGCGCCUGAAAUCCCAGAGGACAUUACAAAUGAUGCUAAAGACUUUUUAAGAAAGACAUUCGACCCCGACCACACAAAACGACCGUCAGCAAGUGAACUACGGAAUCAUCCAUUUGUGACAUCAAACGUAAAGGGAUCUCCGCAACCAUCUCCGUAA